AUGAAGGAAAGAGCUCUUGGUGUCCACACUGUAAGCAUUUUCUUCCUUGAGGAAGGAAAUUUCUCCAAGUACUUCAUACAAUACAAGAGCCGGGUUACAAUGACUUCACAAAUGGUGCGCGGUAAUGUACCCAUGCAACAGAUGGCCCCUCAACCUAUACUACCUGGUGAUCAGGACGCAUUGAUAAGGACUUUGAAUGAUGUCAAUCAAAGGGAUGAUGUCAAACUGAAAGCUGUUCAGGACGCUUGGAGCAAAUUCGAUGCAUUCAGCGUGACACCAACAUUUGAUCAAUUCCUCGAUAGCCUCAUGAGGGCCUUCCUGAAGCUUUUCAGUGAAACGGUACCACAAUUUAUAGUGGAGAAUAACACUCAGAUGUUACGGAAAGCAAUGCUGGAGAUGAUCCUGAGAACCAGCGCCCACGAACCAGUAAAAAACCUGUCGAAGGAAAUACAGAAGCAAAUGAUGCGGAUUAUUGUUCUGGAAAACGAGGAGAAUGCUAUACUGGCCAUCAAAAUUGUCGUUGAUCACAGUAAAAUUGCUCGCUCUCAUCUUAUUCCCGAGGUGUCUGUAAUGCUGCAAAAUUUCAAGCAAUGGGUAAAGUGUAUGUGUGUCACUUUGUCACGGUCUCAUACUUUUGACACGAUAGAUUUGACCCAUCCAUCUGUUCAGCUGCCAGAAGAAGCGAUGAUUGAAACGUACCUUCAGCAGUGUUACUAUACGCAGUCAGCACUUCUGUACUCUCCCAAUGGAACCUUGGACACCCUGUAUAACUUGAUACCGCGAGCAAGCCAGUCAUUGAAAGCCUUCCAAGACAUUCCCAUGCUGGCGAUGGAGUUCUUGCUUUGCUGUCUUGAUUUUCUAAGCAUACAAAUUUCAAAUGAACAAAAAGCUGACGAGAAGUACAACAAAGCGUUGGCUGACGAGUUUUACACGGCUCAGUCAAAGAUGCUUGCGUACCUGAGCAUCAUGGGCAAAAUUCGAGAAUUUAUGGAUCAAAUAUUAGCAAACGGCGACAGAUUCGUCAACGGUGUUCUAGCUUUGCUCGAACAGUGCCCUGCAGAGCUGAUUGUCGUUCGGAAGGACGUACUGAUUACGCUGAAGUUCUUUUUCAUCUCGGAUUUACGUCCCAAAUUCAUUCAAUUACUACCUAGGCUAUUAUCGGAACUGGCUCUCAUAGGUUCUGGAUAUACCGCUGUUGAUCACUUGAGUGUGGCCUUUAUAUUCUGCCGCGAGAUGCACGACAACCUUUUGCCUUAUCAGGUCGCAUCAAAGUUUCUAAAGUGUCCUCCAUAUAUCCAAGUGAUUUGUGCAAGAAUGUUGAGCAGUGUUCUGGAGGGAUUGACGAAGCACGCUAAGGAGGGAGAGGCUGUAAGUCCGAUUUGCAAAUUGGCGGUUAUUCCACAGUUUUCACCUUAUAUAGAUGGUGAGCGUAAUAUUCAGAAUCGUGAUCUCAUCUUGAUGAUCUUGGAAAGCUUGGUAGUGAAAAUGAAAGUACUUGCUGUCUAUCACAUGCCUUUACUGUUCAAGCAGCAUGGUGCCGAAAUCAACUACGACUAUAAAUCGUGCGAUCGCGAUGGAUCGGAUAAUGCUGAUGAAGACAAAGGCUCUGACGAUGUUAUCCGGGAAGAAGUACGUCGAUGCUCUAUAGAUACUGCGCCUGAAAUGGAAAUUGGACCAGCAGAUCCACUUCAACCGCCAUCGCCGUCAUUGCCUGUACCUAAAGAGAAUGGUACUCACAAGCAGUCAAGUCCUGGAUCAAUUUUGACGCAAAUGUACGCCAUGAAUGCCCCUCCGAUUCCUUUGGUGGAGGCUCGUACAAUCGUAAAGUUCAUUCUACUUGCAUGCAAAAUGGGAACUUCAGCUUUGAGUGGAGCAAAUCGGAGUGCACAAUCGCCCCCGCUGGUUCGAGAACGCGACAUUUUUGAGCGGAUGUUCAAGUACUGCGUCCAAUGUUUGGAUGUUUUUAUGAUUCCUUUUCCGCAGCCGCCAUCACGCGUGCAAGUUCCGAACAGUGUUCCGGGUGGUACAAGAUCGAAGGAAGAGAAGGACGCUUUGGAUGCGUUGGCUUAUUUGUUCACAAUGCUGAACCUUGACGUCUUCGGCGAGAUAUUCACGAAGUACAUGGACUUUUUCGUUGUGCGCAUGGCGAAGAAUCUGCCACUUCAGCUGGCAUGUAACGCUUUCUUGGUCCGAGCGGAUGUUUCGUUUCGAUUCGGAUGCAUAAUUGUCAAGUAUCUUAUGGAUCGGCUACCGUGUUUAGCAGUUAUGAACGACGUAUCAACGUUAUACGUGAAGCUGUUUAAAAUCAUCUUCUCAGCGAUUGGCUGCCAAAAUUCAGCCAGUCCUGAUGGGGAAAUCAUGCUCAAGCCUUACUUACCUGAACUCAUCCGCAAGUCAAUGGAAUAUGCGCUAAGCGCAAGAGAUCCUAUUAACUACUUCAUGCUCCUUCGUGCCCUGUUCCGAUCAAUUGGUGGUGGCCUUCAUGACAUCCUCUAUUCACAGUUUCUCCCUCUUCUGCCAGAUUUGAUGCUCUUCUUCAACAAACUACAGUGGUGUGAUCAUCGCCAAAUGAUGCGAGAGCUCUUUGUGGAAUUGUGCCUGACUGUACCAGUGAGGCUGUCGACUUUGCUUCCACAUCUCCCAUUGCUGAUGGAACCGCUCGUGUGUGCUCUCAACGGAGGACCGAACUUGGUCCAACAAGGGUUGUACAAGAUUGUUGGCAAGUCUGUGGAACCUCAGUCGGUGGCAACUGCAGUUCGUGUGCUUGGGAAAUUCGGUGGAGCCAAUCGCAACAUGUUCACAGAACCCCCGAGUUUGAAAUCUCAUCCAAAAGGCGAUCAACCUCCGUUCACUAUUCGUGUAGCCUUUGAUCGACCAAACACUUCGCAGACGUUCUUCUCGACCAUCUAUGGCGAUUUGGCGCUCACUGAGAUUGUCCGUACAGCACUGAAACAAAUAAGACUUGACCCAUCUCAUCAGCACUACUCCACACAAGUUCGCCUGUAUGCAAUGGAGUUGGCACGCUCUGUUCUUCUAAGUAGUUUUGCUCCGUUGGAUUUCUCUGAAAAAUGGGAAGUCGGUCUAAAGGACCGCUUCGUUGAGCAGUUCAAGCGGCUCGAGAAUGCUCCCGACAGUUGCACCGUCCUGCGGUGUGCUCGUGAAGGAGAUCGCUCCAUACACUCCGAUGCUCUUAUGAUUCUCUUCUGUAAGAAUUAUCACUUGAGCGGAAUUGUUGGCAAGGAUCUACGAAGCAAAUACAUCAAAUUCUUCAAUGCGUCUAUUCGAUAUCUGACAUUACAAGCUCUUUUGGAGUUCACAGGCAGAGCGGCUCUCAUGUCACUGGAUCACCCGGCUCAGUGCAUGGAUGGUGGCAUACUGGUAGAUGCCAUCGUAACUGCACUCUCAGAUUCAACCAAAGAUUUCUGUCAAUCCGCCAUUGUAGGACUGCGGCACAUAAAUGACGUUUGUCGAGCAGUGAUACCAAAUUUGGAAGUGAUGCCACGAAUACCAUUUGUACGGUACUUGAUAGAAAGUGUAAGCGCCCUGUGCUAUGCUUCGUCAUGGUUCGUACGAUUAGGAGGAGCCAGCGGAUUAAUGUAUUUCAUUGAGAACUAUCCAGAGUCGGUAGUUCUGACCAACAUGAACGGAUUCAUGGAGAGCUUGGUUGAGGUUCUUGUUGGUAUGACUGAUCAAGUAUCCUGUGGUGCCGUCGACAUGGCUGUGGGAGCUAUCGAAAAAUUACAAAAACGCUGUCUUACGGGCUGCCAUGUCAAUGAUCCGAAAGUUUCUCUUUUUAUGAACUGUGUUGCAAAUCACCUAUUCAGUGGAAAUCAACACGUUCGACAGAAGACAUUGGCAAUGUUGAAUACAUGUGCGGAAGUGCUGACUAUAUCGUUGUCCACGCUGCUGUUUAACUACCGAGAAGUUUUUCUUGCACAGAUUGAUCGAGCCAUGAAUGAGUUCAAUGUGUUGGCUCUGCUUGAUCGUUGUGGUUGCUUGGAGGCAUUGUGUACGAUCUUCAAGUGCCAGCCGCCCCUCGUUGACAUUUCCAUUGAAUCGGAGAGGAUUCAAAAUUUUGCCAAGGAGCUCAUCAGAGCUCUGGUAACCUUGUACAAAGCGCUCAUACUGCAAGCUGAAAAUGCUACCUCUCAAAAGAUGGAUACGUCAACAUCAACGAUUGAUGUUCAAGUACGCAGCGAAACCUUGGAGAAAAUCGCCUGUGUUGCUAUUGAAACAGUUCUCUGCCCGUUACCUUCUGUGGUCAAAGCCGCUGAAGAAGCUCUCAUGCAGAAUUAUAUUUGUGGGCACGUUACUCGUUAUCCUCUUGGGUCAUCUCCAACCUCGACACCACCAUUGGACGGUCAGGAUGUGGAAGCAAUUACUCAGACUGUUCGUCUUCUACUUCUUGUUGAUGAUCCAUCUGGUGCCAAGCUAGCCACGGAUAUUGCCGCAUUCAUAGCUUAUUUCGACCAUCACUAUUGCACGAGUGCCUACGAUGCUUGGAUUCCACCUCUGGCGACGUUACUGUCACGCUAUGCUCGAGAGUCGAUGGCUUUCUUUUUGUCGGAAGAAUCGCUCUCUAUGCCGUGCCGAAGAGCUCUGUUGCGAAAGCUGAUUAAGGAUGAGGAAUGUGCUCCAAUAAGAAGUCUACUUAUGCAGGAUUCAUCAUAUUUUGUGAACUUACUGGAAAACAGGGUGAUGGACGCCUCUGGAGAGUGGCGAGAACCAUCUCCUGCACAGCAAAAUGAAUCGGGUAUCAUGGAGCGUGAAAUGCUCUGUUUGCACAUAAUUGAUGCCGUUUCUCGAAGAAAUGUCCAAUGGUUUGCUGACGCCAAAGAUCUGAUCAUCAAACUGAGACAGUUGUGGAACAAUGCUGACUUCAAAGGACGUUACGUGGUUCAUGCACCAUGCAGUAAAGAUCUACAAGAGUUGACGAUCAAAAUGAUGACAGAACACAAACACAACAACAACGACCUUGAUCUUCUUUGCGACAUACUGUUUGUUUUCAUUGGGAGAUAUGUCACAGAUUUUUGUUUUGUUCGCGAAUUCCUUGAAAGAGAAGUGAUACCUACAUACUCUAUGGAGUGGAGGCGGAAACUUUUUUCGUAUGUGCUGGGGAAGUUUGAAGCUGGAGGCUCGACUGUCAUCAAGGAUCUGUUGUAUGUGAAAAUCGUACAGUAUGUAUUGAUUCCGAGUCUGCAGUGGGCUUUUGAACGCUAUAAUGUCGAUGAAAUUCUUGGAGAAAUUCAAAAUCCUUCUGAGCAACCCGAAAAUGACCCCAACGAUCUGGUUUAUCGCCUAGCGCAUAUCAUUGACCAAAAUCGGCAAGUGAUGAGCGAUGGCAUUGUGAUAGUUUUGUAUCAGCUUUGCACACUACUUGUGAAACAUGCACCUCGGCAUGUGUUCCAAGCGCUUUGCGGCUCCUUCCAGUAUGACAGUCGCGAGCUUGUCAGACGUGCAGCCGACGUGGUCACAGCAGCCAUGCCGAUCCGAAUGGACGAUGGACACCAUCAAAUGUUUAUCAAUGUGAAACGCGUCCUCUGCGAGGAGGCCCACAGUCUGCAGCAUAUCCAACACAUAGUAAGCAUGGUGGUUCGGAAUUAUCGCUCUUACUUCUCAUGUCGUCACGCCCUUUUCAAACCUCUCAUGAAUGCUGUACGUCGUGUAAUAAGCACUCCGAAUUCUGCCAUGGAUGGAGUAAUGACUCGAAAACUUGCUUUGGAUAUGUGCGAGAUGGUAAUCAAAUGGGAAUUACUCCGUUUGCAAAAGGUUGAGCAGUUAACACAAGGGCUAACAUCUCAUGAUGAUGAGUUUGAGUCAUUGCUGAAUGAUCAGGACAGGCAAGCAGGCCCUUCAUCAAGCAAUAUUCCGACAAGCAAUGCGGGUGGUGAUUUUGACGACCAGUUGUACAAGCAAAUGUCAAAAGAAUGUGCAGAUGAAGUAGUUGCCAUGCUUCUGAAGUUCGCCAUACAGCCUACGACCGGCGUUCAACCGCACCAGCUACAUCAGGCGACAGUUGAAAACGGCAAACGAAGCAUCGGACUCAUGAAGCAAUGUCUCAAAUCCGCUGUUUGGGGUGAUAUAGUAACUAUCAAAGUUGGAUGGCUUGAAAAAGAACUAACAGUACCACCAGAGUCCUUGGUACGACAGGAAAACCAAGCCCAAUUCGCUCAGUCAAUCUCGCAAUCUCAACAAGCACUUGAAGUUGUGAUCAACCUGGUAACGAUCAUGUUGGUUCGUCUUGUCAAUAUGCUCGUCUCGAAAUUAUUUGAAAAAUCCAACUGUUCGAUGACUGGCAUGUACGAAUUCGAGAUCCUCAACCAGUUUAUAUCAAAGUACUUGAACGACCAUUUCAAUUCCUAUGUGAAAUCGUCGGCGUGUAUGAUAAUGAACGCCUUCACGGCUUUAUCAUUACUUAGAGUAAUCUGCACGCAACAGCCGGGAUAUCUGGACGCGAUGUGCUUACAAGCAUAUAUCAAGGUACUCGAAAAGGCCGUUAGAGAGCACAUAGGACACAUUACAGAGCAAGGCGAAGCGACCAGAGAGAAAGUUGCGACGGCUGAAAUGAUUGCUAUGGCGUUGGAAAUGUUGCGUCCUCGGGUUGAGGCUAUAUCAGCAGAAGCGAAAAGGACCAUAUGUCAGAAUGUCUUGCUUCCACUAAUUGAACGCUCUACCUUUGACAAAAUCAUUGAUGUGGUGCUACGCGUUGUGUCCGAGUUGGUCGUAACACAUCGAGAUGAGAACUGCGCAAAUCCAGGACUUCCACUUCUGGUGCGUUUGCAAAGUGUGGUCGAGAAGCGUUACAGAGCCAACAGUGAAUUGAUGAAAAUGUUUCUGAAAGUCGUUCUUUUUGUGUUUGAACAUCCACUUCUGCUUACCUCUGAUUACGCUGAAAAGUUGGAGGAUGCGUUUCAUUGGGGCUUAACUGCACAGGACCGAGAAAUGCGCGAGAAAUUUCUCCUUGUGUUCGAGCGAAAUCUGGCUGUGAAUCCGAUAGCUCGUACAUUUAAGGAACGCCACAGAGUAAGUUCGAUUGAAUUGUUGGAAUUUGCCAUAGUCAAGUGCUUCCAGUGUCUUCUGCUGCUGGACAUCGUCGAAUAUUCAUUGACAGUUCGGCUACUCUUUGGAGAACCAUGCACGCGGUAG